AUGAAGGAGGUUGAAUUUAUAGAGCUGCAACAAGGAAAAUUGUCGAUAGAGCAAUAUGCAGCAAAGUUUACUGAGCUCUCGAGGUUCGCGCCACACAUCGUUGACACAGAGGCGCGAAAAGCAAGUAAAUAUGAGAAGGGCCUUCGACCUGAUAUAAGGGGAAGGAUAAUCUCGGCCAACAUCAAGACCUUCUCCCCGUUGGUGGAUCUGGCAUUAAAGAUUGAGAGAGACUGUGAAGAUUUCCAAUUAAGAAAAGAAGGGAGAGUGGGGGCCACGCAUGGGAAGUUUAAGAGAAAUACUCGACCACCUCCAAAGAAAGACUAUAAGGGAAGAAAUAAUCAGGGCAGUGUAAAGAUUCAGAGAUCCUUCCAGGGUGACAUAAGGGAAAAUCGGCGCUCAGCCUGCCCACACUGUGGAUUGAGUAACCACACUGCGGCCGAGUGCUUCAGGAAGACCAGUGCAUGUUUUCGGUGCGACAAGCAGGGCCAUUAG